AUGGACGACAGCAGACUGCCAAAGCAGACAGCGGACUGCCUAACGAGUGGUAAAUAUAACGCUGGCGGGAACCGGAAAAGAGGGCACCCAAUAGUGUGUGUCACUCCCAGUCUGGCACACGACAGUGUCACUGCCAGUGUGGCACCCGACAGUCUCCGCCAGUCUGGCACCCGACAGACUCACCCCCUAGUCUGGCACCCAGACAGAGUCACUCCCAGUCUGGCACCCGACAGUGAUACCCCCAAUCUGACACCCGACUGUGUCAGCUCCAGUUUGGCACCAAACAGUGUUACCCCCAGUCUGGCACCCGACAGUGUUACCGCCAGUCUGGCACUCGACAGUGUCACUCCCAGUCUGGCACCUGACAGUGCCACCCCUACUCUGGCACCCGACAGUCACUCCCUGUCUGGCAUCCGACAAUGUCACCCCCAGUCCGGGACCCGACAGUGCCACUCUCAGUCGGGAACCCGACUAUCACUACCAGUCUGGCACCCGACAGUGCUCUGGCACCCGACAGUACAAUCUGACACCCGACAGUGUCACCCCCAGUCUGGCACCCGACAUUGCCAUCCCAGUCUGACACUCGACAGUGCCACCCCCAGUCUGGCACCCGACAGUGUUACCCAAGGCUGGCACCCGACAGUGCCACCCCAGUCUGACACCCGACAGUGCCACCCCCAGUCUGGCACCCGACAGUGUUACCCCCAUGAUACCCCCAAUCUGACACCCGACUGUGUCAGCUCCAGUUUGGCACCAAACAGUGUUACCCCCAGUCUGGCACCCAACAGUGUUACCGCCAGUCUGGCACCCGACAGUGUUACCGCCAGUCUGGCACCCGACAGUGUCACUCCCAGUCUGGCACCUGACAGUGCCACCCCUACUCUGGCACCCGACAGUCACUCCCUGUCUGGCAUCCGACAAUGUCACCCCCAGUCCGGGACCCGACAGUGCCACUCUCAGUCGGGAACCCGACUAUCACUACCAGUCUGGCACCCGACAGUGCCACCCCCAGUCUGGCACCCGACAGUGUUACCCAAGGCUGGCACCCGACAGUGCCACCCCAGUCUGACACCCGACAGUGCCACUCCCAGUCUGGCACCCGACAGUGUUACCCCCAGUCUGACACCCGACAGUGUCACCCCCACUCUGGCACCCGACAGUGUUACCCCCGUCUGGCACCCGACAGUGUCACCCCAGUCUGGCACCGACAGUGUUACCCAACGCUGGCACCCGACAGUUGUCACUUCCAGCCUUGCACCCGACAGUGUCACCCCCAGUCUGGCACCCUUCAGUGUUAACCCCUGUCUGGCACCCGACAGUGCACCCCCAGUCUGGCACACGACAGUGUUACCAAGGCUGGCACCUGACAGUGCCACUAGUCUGACACCCGUCGGUGCCACCCAGUGUGAACUCGACAGUGUCACCCCAGUCUGGCACCCGACAGUGUUACCCAAGGCUGGCACCCGACAGUAUCACCUCAUUCUGGCACCCGACAGUGUUACCCCCAGUCUGACACCCGAUAGUGUCACCCCAGUCUGGCACCCGACUGUGUACAAGUGUUUCAGUCUGGCACCCAGGUUACUCCCCAGUCUUGCAUCCGACAGUGUUACCCCCAGUCUGGCAUCCGACAGUGUUACCCCCAGUCUGGCACCUGACAGUGUCAAGUCUGACACCCGACAGUGUCACCCCCAGUCUGACACCCGACAGUGUUACCCCCAGUUUGGCAUCCGACAGUGUCACUUCCAGCCACCCGACAGUGUCACCCCCAGUCUGGCACCCUUCAGUGUUAACCCCUGUCUGGCACCCGACAGUGCCACCCCAGUCUGGCACACGACAGGUGUUAAAGGCUGGCACCCGACAGUGCCACCCUGUCUGACACCCGUCGGUGCCCCCAGUGUGGAACUCGACAGUGUCACCCCCAGUCUGGCACCCGACAGUGUUACCAAGGCUGGCACCCGACAGUAUCACCCCCAUUCUGGCACCCGACAGUGUCUGACACCCGAUAGUGUCACCCCCAGUCUGGCACCUGACUGUGUUACCCAAGGUUGGCACCCGACAGUGCCACCCCAGUCUUGCACCCGACAGUGUUACAGUCUGGCACCGACAGUGUACCCCAGUCUGGCACCAGACAGUGUUACCCCAGUCUGGCACCCGACAGUACCCCCAGUCUGGCACUCGACAGUGUUACCCCCAGUCUGGCACCCGACAGUGUUACCCCAGUCUGGCACCCGACAGUGUUACUUCCCCAGUCUGGCACCUGACAGUGUUACCCCCAGUCUGGCACCUGACAGUGUUACCCAGUCUGGCACCCGUGUCUGGCACCCGACAGUGUUACCCCCAGUCUGGCACCCGACAGAGUUACCCCCAGUCUGGCACCCGACAGUGUUACCCCCAGUCUGGCACCCGACAGUGUUACCCCCAGUCUGGCACCCGACAGUGUUAUGCAAGACCCUACGAGUGCGAUACAACAACCCUAAUCAUAACUAUUCUGUUAAUUGCACUUUCCGGAUACUGACGAUAGGGAGAAAGUUCUAG